AUGCCGGGAUUGCACGUUCCACCUAGUCCUGGCAACUCUCGAGCAUCUGGUGUUGUCUUGCGCAUUUUCUCCCACAAUACCGCUUAUUUUAAAAUGUCUGAGUUUGUCUGCGAGCAGUACGUGCGCCGCUACCUUAUGUCUCAUAAUUACUUCCGGACUUUAACCGUUUUCGAUGGAGAAUCGUCUGCAAAUAACUUGGGUGGUUGUUUCCAGCCAUCGAAAAUCGUUGAGAGUAUCAGUAGAGCAAUAGCUGGUUUAGACUAUGAGACUCUUGAAAACAUAUGGAAGGGUCUUGGAGACAGUUUUUCGUCUCAAUUAGAUCGGCAAAACUCUGCUAAAUUUGAGUCUUUGAAAGCGUAUACAUUCAAGGCCUUGCUGUGUGCGGCAGUGAAAUCCAAGCAAAUAGCUUGUUUAAACGAGUUCUUUAGUGGUCAAAGGAUGUUUGAUUUGUCAUCGUCCGCAUGGCUUCACUGGUCAGCCUUGCCAUUUAUAAAGGAGCCAGCAAAGCACAACUUAUUUAGUCGGUACUUCACGAAGACUUGGCUGGACGUUCUUUUUGUGUCCCUAUGUAACUUUCUUUGUGUUCUCUUUCUGUCACUUCCGCCCCCUUUCAAAAAUGCUCCUCAAGAGGAUGAAAUCUCGGUCUCAAGCGCAAACCAAUCAGGCCCAUCACGCACCAAUAUGGAGGCAUUGGAUGACUUUGUCGAUCUGCCAGCAGUUCGUGCUGCUAAACAGCGAUAG